AACAAAACCGAGGCAGAAAACUGAGGGAAAGUGGAGAUCGGUCUGAACGUGAGCUAGGCUUCAAUGGUCUGUUCUUGGCAAAGAGGAUGUCGCGCGGCUAUCAGAAUGCACGCAUCAUCUUGAUGCGGAUUCAGGAGGCCGGGCAUUGGCAAGCAUACCCUCACCGAUCACCUUCCCUCCUCGCCUACCACCAUCGAGAUGACCGGAGGCGGCCAAGAGGCGCCGUUGCUGCGCGCCAGGAAGGUGUACCAUGAAGGCUGCCCCGGGUGCAGGCAAGAGAGGAAGAUGGAGGCCGAUGACAGGAUACCAUACAUUGAUUUCCUCUACGUUUGGAUCACAUGCUUGUGUGCCGCGCUACCAAUCCAGUCAUUGUUUCCCUAUCUAUACUUCAUGAUUAGAGACUUGAACGUUGCAAAGCAAGAGGAGGAUAUUGGGUUCUACGCUGGUUUUGUCGGGGCUACUUAUUUUCUUGGAAGAACCAUCAGUGCUGUGCCAUGGGGCAUGUUUGCUGACAAGUAUGGCAGGAAGCCCUGCAUUGUAAUCAGUAUCCUUUCAGUGAUCGUAUUUAACACCCUCUUCGGCCUUAGCACGACUUACUGGAUGGCAAUUGUAACUAGGGGUCUACUUGGGUUACUUUGUGGUAUAUUAGGACCAAUCAAGGCCUAUGCUUCGGAAGUUUGCAGGAAAGAGCACCAAGCCCUAGGAAUUUCUCUUGUUACAUCUUCUCGAGCAAUAGCCCUUGUUGUUGGACCAGCCAUUGGAGGAUUUCUUGCACAGCCUGCAAAGAGGUUCCCAAAUCUUUUCUCGGAGGAAUCCAUAUUUGGAAGGUUUCCAUACUUCCUCCCUUGCUUCGUCAUAUCGGUUCUAGCAGCAGGAGCAUGUGUAGCGUGCAUUUGGCUUCCGGAAACUCUGCACAUGCACCAUGAUGACAAAACUAUUGAUACGAUGGAGGCACAAGUAUGUGAUUCAAGCUUAGAAAAUGGGAAAGUUAAACAAUCUGGAUCAGGGAGAAUGGCAUCUACAAAGAGCCUGCUAAAGAACUGGCAAUUGAUGUCAGCAAUAACCCUCUACUGUGUCUUUUCUCUCCAUGAUACAGCUUAUCUCGAGAUAUUUUCGCUCUGGGCCGUCAGCAGCAGAAAAUACCGGGGACUGAGUUUUACAUCUCAGGAUGUUGGUACAGUGCUAGCUAUCUCGGGUCUUGGUGUUUUAGUGUACCAGCUUACGAUUUAUCCAUUCCUUGCCAAGUAUGCUGGGUUAAUCAAGCCAUUCCGUUCUGCAGCGGUAUUGUCUAUACUUCUCCUUGCAACAUAUCCAUUCAUGGCCAACCUGUAUGGUAUGGAGCUCAAAGUACUCAUCAACAUAGCUUCGCUUCUGAAAAAUGUGUUUGCUGCGACCAUUACUAUUGCGUGCAACAUUCUGCAGAACACGGCGGUGGCACAAGAACAAAGGGGUGUUGCAAAUGGCAUCUCUGUGACUCUGAUGUCUAUCUUCAAAGCAGUAGCUCCAGCAGCAGCAGGAAUUUUGUUUUCAUGGGCCCAGAAGAACAUAACUGGGUUGUUCUUACCAGGUGAUCAGAUUCUGUUCUGGUUGCUGAACAUGGUGUCAGUUCUCGGGCUCUCGUUGACGUUCAGUCCGUUUUUCUCUAUGCCUAGUGCGAUGAAAUGAUAAGUGCACAAUUAUGUAUAUUUAGUUAGCUAAGUAAAACUAGGGACACUACCAGAGAUUGCAGUGCUGAAUAAAGUGGCAUGUAUUGUGUCGGACAUAGUUCUCACAUUUUUCCGGUCGUGUGGUCAAAUGUGAUGUGAUUGUCAAACUCCUACACCCAGAUGCUUUGGUUUGUAUGGUAAUUCGUUUCUGGUAA